GUAACCUUAGCUUUUCUUUUGUUAGACGGUUGUCUGAAGACGGGGUUGAGGUUUAGCUAAAUGUUUGAGUGUUUUAAAUAAAAAUGUCUUCAUUUCAGCCUCGGAGAGAGUUUAUGAAAGAUCAGGUAUCUGGAGAAACAUUCACAGAGUUGAAGGAAAUCAACGUUAAGAUGGAGGAAGAGAUGGAGGAUCAGCGCAGACUGAUGGAUUUUACCCGGAUACCGCAGAUCAUCUUACACCGGAUAGAUCUCCCACAAUGCUGGAAAGAGGAGGAGGUUCUCAAUGAGCUCAGCAACCCGGAGGAAAACUCCACUUUGGAUCAAGAGGAACCAGAACCUCUGCAGAUAAAACGGGAACAUGAGGAACCAGAACCUCUGCAGAUAAAACGGGACCAAGAGGAACCAGAACCUCUGCAGAUAAAAGAGGAACAAGAGGAACCAGAACCUCUGCAGAUAAAACGGGAACAAGAGGAACCAGAACCUCUGCAGAUAAAAGAGGAACAAGAGGAACCAGAACAUCAACAGUUCAAAGACGAAGAAAAGCAACUCUGCAUCAGUCAGGAUGAAGAGCAUCUUGUGCUGAAACAGGAGACUGAUGACAUUUUGGUGAACAAACAGCAGAAAGGCACAACUGAGACUUCAGAAAAAGAAACACACAAGAAAACUCAACCAAACCAAAAUCUAUAUUCUUGUAAAAUUUGUGAUAAAACCUUUUCUCGAAAUAAUUCCUUCAUGAUACACGUGAGAACUCACACGGCCAAGAAAUCUUUCACAUGUUCAACCUGUGGAAAAGGUUACCCUCACAAGAGUCGUUUAACUAAUCACAUGAGAAUUCAUACAGGUGAAAAACCGUUCACAUGUGCAGCUUGUGGAAAAAGUUUCCAUCAGAUUGGCAUUUUAAACAGACACAUAAGAAUUCACUCAGGUGAGAAGCCUUACACGUGCACAACCUGUGGAAAAGGUUUUGCGUCUAAAUCUCAGUUACUUGAUCACAUGACGAUUCAUACAGGUGAGAAGCCUUUCUCAUGUGGGAACUGUGGAAAAAGUUUCCGGAGGAAACCUGACUUGGUUAGUCACAUGAGAGUUCACACAGGUGAGAAGCCGUUCUCAUGUGGGACCUGUGGAAAAUGUUUCGCUCAUAAAAAAAGUUUAACUGUUCACAUGAGAGUUCACACUGGUGAGAAGGCGAUCUCUUGUGGUAUCUGUGGAAAAAAAUGCUUGAAUAAAUCUCACUUAGUUGAUCACAUGAGAACUCACGCAGGUGAGAAGGCUUUUUCAUGUGGGACCUGUGGAAAAAGUUUCACUCAUAAAAAAAGUUUAACUGCUCACAUGAGAUUUCACACAGGUGAGAAGACGAUCUCUUGUGGUAUCUGUGGAAAAAAAUGCUUGUUUAAAUCUCAGUUAGUUGAUCACAUGAGAGUUCACACAGGUGAGAAGCCGUUCUCAUGUGGAACUUGUGGAAAAAGUUUCACUUAUAAAAAAAGUUUAAAUAUUCACAUGAGAAUUCACACUGGAGAGAAGCCUUUCUCAUGUGAGAUCUGUGGAAAACGUUUUACUCAUAAAAAAAGCUUAACUGCUCACAUGAUAAUUCAUACAGAUGAGAAGCCGUUCUCUUGUGGAACCUGUGGGAAAAGUUUCACUCAUAAAAAAACUUUAAGUGCUCACAUGAGAUUUCACACAGGUGAGAAGACUUUCUCUUGUGGCACCUGUGGAAGAAAUUGGUUGUAUAAAUCUCACUUAGUUACUCACAUGAGAACUCACACAGGUGAGAAGCCCUUCUCAUGUGCGACCUGUGGAAAAUGUUUUGCUGGAAAACACCUUUUACAUUUUCACAUGAAGACUCACACAGGUGAGAAUUCUUUCUCAUGUGGGACCUGUGGAAAAUGUUUUCCUUUUAGGUCAUUUUUACUUCAUCACAUGAAGAGUCACACAAGAGAGAAGUCUUUCUCCUGUGGGAUCUGUGGGAAAAGUUUCACUAAAAAAUACCUUUUAACUUCUCACAUCAGAAUUCACACAUGUGAGUAGUAGCUGUGCAUUGAUUUAUCAGCCAGCCGAUUAAUCUAUGUUGAUUUCCUUAAUUUUGGGACAUUGGUGAUCAGCAGAAACAUGCAUGUGAAGCCGAUCUGAUCCCCCAAUUUUAUUGACCUCACCCACUGUCCUCUUCUGUUCCGUUGAGAGGUUUGACUAUUGGACCGGCCCACCAGGUCAUGUCUGCACUUUUGCAAUCGGUGCACCCUUAGUGAAAAGUGAGGAAAAUGUUUUGUGUGUAGAUCCAGUUUACGUCAUCACAUGAAGAUUCACACGGGUUAGAAGCUGUUAGGUGAAAUGUAUAUAUAUUAUCAUAUAUUUGUUGUUUCAUUUAUAACAGUAGUGUUACUUAUAUGAUGUUCCGUCUUAUAUGCCUUUGUUGUUUUCUUUUCCUUCAGCAUAAAGAAUGUUUCUGUAUUGUUUGAUUUACUUGAUUUCCUUUUUACAAGAGGGCCUCCCUGAAGAGAAGCAGUGAUAACCGAGCUCACAGGGUUUAUUACUCAGCAGGACUGUUUCUUCCUUUGAACUGUUAGAUAGCUGUAGAACCGUCGCCUUGAAGAUGUACGACUUGUUCUUUUUUUACUCUGUGUCUUAAUGCAAGAUAACAUGUGUUUAGUUCGUGAUUGUCAUUAGC